AGAACAAGGAUAUCGUGCCCGUUCUGCUUUUAAGCUUAUUCAAUUAAACAAAAAAUACAGUUUUUUAGAAAAGUCUCGAUGCCUAAUAGACUUAUGUGCCGCACCCGGAGGAUGGUUACAAGUAGCUAAAAAAUAUAUGCCCGUAUCAAGUUUAAUCAUUGGUGUUGAUAUCGUGCCAAUUAAGCCAAUUUCAAAUAUUAUAACUUUCCAAGAAGACAUUACUACUGAUAAAUGCCGAUCAGUCAUUAGAAAUGAGCUAAAAACUUGGAAAGCUGAUGUAGUGCUUCAUGAUGGUGCUCCAAAUGUGGGUGUUGCUUGGCUACAAGAUGCAUUCGCACAAUCUGAAUUGACGUUAAAAGCAUUGAAAUUAGCUGUAGAAUUCUUAAACAAAGGAGGCACAUUUGUGACUAAACUUUUCAGAUCUAAAGAUUAUAAUAAUUUGAUGUGGGUUUUUAAUCAAUUAUUUAAAAAAGUAGAAGCUACAAAACCUGCUUCAUCAAGAAAUGUGUCAGCCGAGAUUUAUGUUGUUUGUCGAGAUUUUCUUGCACCAAAGAAAAUAGACCCCAAAUUUCUUAAUCCUCGAGCAGUUUUUCAGGAUAUAGAUAUUGGACCUGCAAAUAAAUCCGUUGACGUUUUACAUCCAGGAAAAAGGAAACGAUUCAGAGAAGGUUAUGAAGAUGGAAAUUAUACAUUAUAUAAAGAAAUUUCUGUUUUAGACUUUAUUAAUUCGGAUGAUCCAGUUAAAACUCUUGGUGAUGUUAAUAAAUUAAAAUUUGACACAGAGAAAGCAAGAGAGCUAUUGAACCAUGAAUUUACAACUGAAGAAAUAAAAUUAUGUUGCGAUGACUUAAAAGUUUUGGGCAAAAGAGAAUUUAAAAAUCUUUUGAAAUGGCGCAAUCAUGUCAAAGAAGCACAGGAUUCAACAAACAACGAAAAUUCGACUAAAAAUGAUGAAAUAGUUGAGGAAAAUGAUGAAAAAGUUGAUGAAGAUCAAGUAAUUCAAGACGAGCUUGAUAAGCUUACUAAUGAAAAACAAACCCGAUCAAAACGACUUCGCAGAAAGGCCAAUGAAAAGCGACAGAAAAGUGUUGUUCGAAUGCAGCUAAAGAUGAUUUCUCCCCUUGAUAUCGCAUUAGAUAGUUCAGGACCUAAUGGUGGUGACCCGUUGUUUGAUUUAAAACAAGUUGAUAAAACUGGGAUUUUAAAAAAAAUACGCAAAGGAGAUAUGAAUAUUGUCCUUGAUCAAGAUGCUGAUGAUGGUGACAUUGUGAUUGAUGAUCAAAAAUUUCCAGAAGACCGAAAUAAAGAUUCGAAAAACCAUGACGAGGAUGCUCGGCUGGAAGAAGAAUUAGAUGAGCUCUAUGAGCAAUAUGUGGAACGCAAGACAGAACGUGACGCUAAAUAUAAAGUGAAAAAAGUACGAGAAGAAUAUGAAGGUUGGAAUGAUAUUCAAAAUUCCGAAAGUGGCGAUAAUGAUUCUGCUACUGUAGAACUUGAGAAUUCACAAUACGACGGUUAUUCAUCAUCAUCAAGUGAUAAUGUUAUUAUGGAAUCCGAGAAUUCACAAAACGAUAAUUAUUCAUCAUUAUCAUCAAACGAAAGUGAUUCUGAAUCAGAAAACAUUUCAACUAAUGAACUGAAAAGAGAGCCAAUCAAGAAAAAGAAAAAACUAUUGACAAGUUUAAGCAAUGAUGAUAGUAAAAUUAAAACGCCUAGCGGUUUAAGCAAAAGAGCUGUACUAUUCUUUGAUAAUCCAUUAUUUAAAGAUGCACUAGAAGACUGUGAUAACGAAAUUAAUCAAAAUAUCGAUCAAUCCAAUGAAAAAGACUACAUAGACAAUAAGGAACCUAGUGAGCAAUCAAAUAAAAAUGAUGAAUAUCCUGAUUCAAAUUCGAAAGAUGGAAUGAAUAUAGACGUUUCUAAUGUAAAAGAUGAUCUAAUUAAGUCUAAUAGCUAUUCUUUAAAGCGUAAGGCUGAUGAUGUUAGUAAUUCUGGUGUAUCAGAUGACGACACAGAUGAUGAUAUAGAAAUAGUUCCUAGAAACAAAGAUAGCGAUGAAGAAAUGUGGGGUGUCGAUGAAGUUGACGAAGAUGAGAAAAAAAUGAGGAGAGCAAAAGAAAUUGGUUUAAUCACCGCAGAAGCAGUGACUUUAGCGCAACAACUGGUAAAUCGAAAGAAAACAAAAUAUGAUCUUAUAGAUGAAGGUUUCCGCCGAAAUACAUAUAACGAUAGGGAUGGACUACCUGUAUGGUUUUUAGAUGACGAAAAACAACAUAACAAAUUGAACUUACCAGUAACUAAAGAAGCUGUACAAGUAAUCAGAGAGCGGAUGAAAGCAUUAAAUGCCCGGCCAAUCAAAAAGAUCGCCGAAGCUAAAGCUCGGAAAAAGAUAAGGGCUAUGAGAAAACUUACUAAGCUCCAAAAGAAAACUGAUACAAUAAUUGAAACUUCUGAUAUGACUGAAAAAGAAAAAGCUAAUACUAUUUCAAAAAUGCUAAGUAAGACACAGAAUAAGGUCAAAAGAGAAGUGAAAGUGAUUGUUGCUAAAGGCCCUAUUAAAGGUAAAAAAGGUCGCCCAAAAGGUGUUAAAGGAAGAUAUAAGAUGGUAGAUGCACGAAUGAAAAAGGAAGCUCGGGCAAUGAAAAGAACUAAUCAGAAAGUUAAUUCAAAAAAAAGACAGAAAAGAUGA